AUGUUUCGUCUGCUAUUACUUUUUUUAUUUAUCAUCCAAAAUCAGGCAGUUCGUGUAGGUAUGUGAAAAAAAUGCGAAUAUAAUUUUUUUUGUACCAAAAACUGAAAACACUGAAUUGAUAAAAUAAAUUUUCCAGGAAUAAUCACAACUUAUGAGCAAGAAUAUGCAGUUCGUAAUGCAGUCCGCAUCAUUAUUCCCAAAAUUCAAAAUCAAAUUGUCAAAACUCGGAAACAUGUUGCGAUAACACAUUUUGAAUUUGCGUUAUACCGCAAUUCUCAUUACGAUUUGAAUGCGCAAAGUUGGUUUAACCCUCUUAAUUUUUUUUCCAAAAAAAAAACAGUUAUUUUAUUUCAGUUUGCAAAAUGGCUCGAUCAAAUAUCACAGUUUUGAUAGGAGUGGUUGAUCGAGAUACUGGAAGUGUAAUUGAGGAACAAUGCGCUGAAAUGAACAUGUUAUUUAUACAUUAUUAUUGGACACCGGGAUCCAAACAGUGGGUUUUUUAGCAUAUAAUUUCUUGUGAACGGAAAGUUUCAGAAUGAGAGACAAUUCAUUGAAUCUGUAUCCAUCUCGAGAUUAUUCACAACUAAUGGAGAGAUUGAUAAAUUUAUGGAAAUGGGAUAAUUUUGUGUAUAUUUAUUCAAAUUACGAUGGUGAGUUGAAAACAAUUUUUGAUAAAAUCCAAUUUUUUUCCAGCUCCAAAGCAACUUAUCGAAACAUUAUCUCGCCUUGAAAAAAGUCCAGCCUUACUUCGAGCUCACACUUCAGAUGCUAGUAUGAUGGCAACUGCUUUAGCUCUUCGUGAUACUUGUGAUCGAAAUCGUUGCUGGCCAAAGAAGAAUCGUGUUCUGAUUGAAUUGAGCCCAAAUGAAACAUUGACUUUUUUCGAUGCUUCGUUGAAACUUGGAAUGAUCAGUGUGCAUAAUUGGUUUCUUAUCACAGCAUUGGUAAGCUAUAAACAUGAUUCCGAUAUUCUGAAAUUUUUUCAGGAUGACUUAAAGGAACAUUUAUCUCAAUACGCUCACAAUGGAAUGAGAUUAUCGCUAUUGACAAUUUCAAAAGAGAAAUUUAAUGAAAAUGAUUUGGAAAAUGAGAUACCUGCAAUGUAUCAAGAAUAUUUGUCAACAUUACUUUAUGAGCCAAGAACACCUUUCAAAGAUUUUGCGUUUAUUUUUGAUGCCCUCUUAUUAGCUUGUCAUGUUGGAGAGAGAACCGUGGUUUUAUGCUCGCAAACUGAUAGAACAGAAAAAAUCAAGUUGCCAAGUGUGAAGGUAAACGAUUUGUUUUCUCACAAUGGACUUUUAGAUCUUUAUUUUCAGCCAUUCAAAGGGCUGACAGGUUUGAUAUCCUUUAAUGGAUCAAGUGAGAGAAGUGAUAGUGAGCUACAUAUUUGGGAAAUGGGAAUAACAGGAGCAGGAUUGCAGGUACAUAAGUUGAAAAUGUUUUCCAGAGAAGAUCGAUAUUUUUAGACAGGAACCUGGAAAUCAUCUUGGGGAGGAUCAAAAGAGCUUACAAUGCGCGCUAAAAACAUCCCCGGAACACAUGAACAUUAUCAGGCAACAAUUCGAUCACAAAGAACUUUGAGAGUUACUUCAAUUCAUGAGAAACCAUAUGUUAUUGAGAAAAUAAUGCCAGAUGGGAGGAUAAAAUAUGAGGGGUUUUGUGUGGAUUUGUUGGAUAAGUUGGCUGAAAUGUUGCAUUUUGAUUAUACGCUGAAAAUUGUGAAAGGUAUGGGAUUCUCGAAGAGCUAUGAAAAUAUUUGAAAUAUGUUCUUGUUAUUCAUGAAAUCAGCAAUGAGUUUUCAGACAACAAAUAUGGCGAACGUAUCAACGGCACUGAUCAAUGGGACGGUAUGAUUGGUGAGAUACUUCGGAACGAUGUUGAUAUGGCAGUUGCUCCCAUCACCGUAACAGCUACUCGACUAGAAGUUAUUGAUUUCACUGAUCCAUUCCUCCAGCUUGGAAUUUCUAUGCUUAUGAGACAACCUGAUCAAAAAAGCUCUUCAUCGCUUACCAGCUUCUUGUGGCCCCUUUCAGCGAAGUACAUAAAUUGUGAAUUAAAAUUUUGAAAUUGUAUUAAAAUUUUCAGUGUUUGGACAUUUUCUGCGUUUGCUACAGUGUUAACUGCAAUUUUGGUAACAGUCGCCGCGUUUUUGUCACCCAAAGAAUCGACAAUGGAGUUCAGCGUACAAAAUUCUGUAUGGUAUUUGGUUUGCAUUUUACUUCGAGCUGGAAGUGGAUACAAUUGUCAAUCUGGAGCGAAUCGUCUAAUCUCGGCGGUUUGGUGGUUUUUCACUCUGGUGCUUUUUGCGCAGUACACUGCUAAUUUUGCUGCACUUCUCACAGUUGAUCGGAAAUCAAUGCCUUUCAAUGUGAGAGUUUGAUUUUGAGAAGAAUUUUUUAGUUUAAAAAAAAUUGCAGAGUUUUGAAGAGCUCGGCAAUCAAACCGAAUACAAUUUUGGUGCAAUUUUGGGUGGAUCAACGAUGCAAUUUUUUAAAUUUUCAAGAAUCGAGACUUUUAGAAGAAUAUGGGAAAGAAUGCAGACCAGUGACCCAUCAGUAUUUGUAAAAUCCAACAAGGAAGGAGUCGACAAAGUUUUGAAUGAGAAGUUAGUUCUGAUCUUCUAAUAAAAAAACCGAUUUGUUCUUUUACGAUAGAUAUGUAUUUCUGAUGGAAUCUGCCACUUUGGAUUAUCAAGUGACCCAGAAUUGUAAUCUAACUCGAGUUGGAAAUGUUGUCUUGGGAUCCAAUGGAUACAGCAUUGCACUACCGAAGGGUUCAAAAUGGCGUGAAAAAUUGACGAGGCAGAUUUUGGAUUUGAAUGAGAAGGGGAUCAUUCUAAUGUUGAAAAAUCAAUGGUGGAAAAGAUCGCAACAGUGAGUUGAUAACUUUCAUUUUUCAUAUUUCACAAAUGGUUUCCAGAGAAUGUGCAUCCACAGAAUCUGAAGAAGUUCAAACUGCUCUAGGCGCUGAAAAUGUUUAUGGACUUUUUCUUCUUUUAGCCCUUGGAAGUGGAGUUGGUAUCAUGUUUGCUUGUGCCGAACAUUUCCACUUCAUAUUUUUCAACAAAAACCUCAGAAAUGGUCAAACUCCAAUAAUCCAUCAAAUGAUUCGAACUCUACAACGAACAUCUCCAAAAAUCUGA